AUGCUGAGGCACAGCUCUCUUCAUCACGUCCCGUCGGACAUGGAUGCCAGCAUCUACAAGGAGUCUCUUGCUUCCGCUCUUCAAUCGGCUUGGAGUUCCGCCGCGGCAUUCAACGUUCAGCAAAGCGCCCGUUUCAAGAAGCAGUAUGACAAGACAGGACUACCACCUUUAAAGAUUUCAGCUGGGGAUAGGGUAUACCUCCGGGACUUCGCUCCUAAGAUCGGACUGUCACCCAAGCUGUGUUACCCUUGGUUGGGCCAGUUCCGUGUCGUUAAGGUAGAGCACCCGCACCUGGUCAUUACUAGCGUUUCUUCUCCGCAAUCGCCUCCUAAGCGUGUUCAUAUGAACCAAGUUAAGAAAUGCUUCGAAAUCUCUGGACCCGUUUUCACUUCGCCAUGGAUUCCCUGCGAGGAGGAGGCUGCUCUUUCCCAACACGGGGCUACUUCUACUCAUCUCACCGGGUACCUUCGAAGUGAGCUCACCCCUCCGUCAACAUUUGACUCUCCUUCUUCCUCACAUAGCUAUGAGACUCGUUUCCGCAAAAGAACUUCUACUGUUUAG